AAUACUCGUUUUCACAAAAAAAAACACGGCCUCUUUCCUUCAAAGCUGCCAAUUAAUUAUCCAACACGAGUAUAAAAGUGUAGUCUCUUUCUCUCUCUCUCUCCGGAUUCGCAUUUCCCUGUCUCUUUCUCUCUCUCUCUCUCUCUCUCUCUCUCUCUCUCUCUCUCUCUCUCAUAUGGUGGCGAAGAUGAUGAAAUGGUCGCCGUGGCCGCCACCCUCCGCCGCGGCCGCGAAGAAAUUCCUCGUGAAAGCAAAGCAAAUAAAACUCCAAGGGUUCGUUGAUGACGGUGCCGACGACGAUCGGAGAGAGAAGGUAAUGGCGGUGGAGAUGAAAUGGAAAGGAGGUCCCAAACACGGUCUGGUCCCAUUAAUCCACCGCCCAACGUCGAAACAACGCCGGAAACAUGUUUCCGGCCAAACCCUCGUAAAGCAAGGCGAGCCCAUCGAUUGGGACGACGAUGAAUUCGACAACACGUGCAGCUUCUCGACCGUUGCCAAGGAAAGCACGUUUGGUCCGUGGGAGGUGUCGUUCACUCUGUUAUAUGGGGCGAAAACGGAAUCUAAAUUGGCCGUGGUGGGGAAGGCGUCGUUGAAUUUGGGGGAAUUGGCUUCGAAGAUGGAGGCCCAGAUUGAAGCGAAGGUUCCGGUCAACUUUAACGUCGCCGGAGGAGCUAACGGAGAAGCCACACUUUCGGUGUGCUUCAGCUUUGUAGAGGUCAGGGAUUCCCAAGACUCGCCAGGAAUCGUUCAAAACUCGACCGAGUCGAAGAAUAUGGAGGGCCCAAAAGGAGACGAAUUAGCAGCAUGCGAUAAAGAGAGGUUAAAGAGUCCGGAAGAAGCGAGUGCUGACGACGACUCGGACGAAUCCGCCAUGUUCGACUCGGACGUCACGUCCGAGAACGAGUUGGUUUCCACGUCUAACGGCGUUGACGUGACCACGGUGAUUGAGUCGGCUUCGGGACGUCUGAGUUCGGAGACUCAGUCGGUCUCGGUCAAGAAGGCUGGGUUCUUCUCGUGGAAGAGGAGGAGGUUGAGCUUCAGACCGGGGAAGACCAAAGGAGAGCCGUUGAUUAAGAGGACUCGCGACGAUGAUGAUCUUGACUCGGUCAACCCCUAUUCGAGACCGGAAGUAAAUACGAUUGAGCAAUCUUGCAAAACUGGAGAGAAUUCGAAAGAAAAAACCAGCACCUCUGGUUACUGGGAAGAAAAGGAGCUAACCAGCAGAGAUGGGGAAACAAAGCUUAAAACCGAUGUAUUCUUCGCUUCCUUCGACCAACGCAGCGACAAAGCCGCCGGAGAGAGCGCAUGUACGGCUCUUGUCGCCGUCAUCGCCCACUGGCUGCACUCAAACCAAGAAGGAAUGCCAACAAGGCCCAAAUUCGACCGACUCAUUAUCGAAGGUUCCUCUGAGUGGAGAAACCUCUGUGGGAAAGAGGACCUGAUAAACCAAUACCCGAACAAGCAUUUCGACCUCGAGACAGUAAUGCAAGCGGGCAUCCGGCCGGUUUCUGUUCUGCCGGAGAAAUCCUUCGUGGGAUUCUUCGGACCGGAGAAGUUUCAGUCGUUGAAGGGGUGCAUGUCUUUUGAUCAGAUAUGGGACGAGAUCAAGGGCGGCGACGAGAAUAAUAGACCUACGCUUUAUAUAGUAAGUUGGAACGAUCAUUUCUUCGUGUUGAAGGUUGAUUCAGAUGCUUACUAUAUCAUCGACACGUUGGGUGAGAGGCUCUACGAGGGGUGCGACCGAGCGUACAUUAUGAGGUUUGACGACUCGACUGUGAUGAAGGGGAAGGUGGACAGUGAAGGAGUCGGUUCCUCUGAACCGACUAAGGUGGAUAGGGAAAGAGUCGGUUCAGAGGAACCGACUAAUUCUGGAGAUGUAAGCGAAGGGGAGAUUUGCAGGGGAAAAGAGUGUUGCAGGGAGUUCAUCAAGAGAUUUUUUGCGGCCAUACCACUUAGGGAGCUCGAAUCGGAAGAGGAAAAGGAACCGGUUUCUUACUUUGCUCUCCACCAGCGAUUGCAGAUAGAAUUCAACUUCAGCUCUUCCUUGUCGUCGUCGUCGUCUGUGUCUUCUUUAGCUACUAGUACUUCUGUUUCCUCUCUUUUCUCAGAGUCUUCUUUAGCUACUAGUUCUGUUUCCUCUAUUUUCUCAGAGGAGAGUGCGGAUUUAUAGCAAUUGACGACGAUUCUGUUGUGUAAAGUUAUUUUUUUUCCGCCGGCUCUUUCGAUGCAAAAACACAUACUGUAGUUGAUUUUGAAGUAAUGCAACUACUGUGCAUGCAUCAUGUUUCAGUUGGAAGGGUUCCAUAGAUCUCCAUGUUCGGAGUUAACUCUUUGUUGGCUUUUGAAAGGUAAAUGUUUGGUCAAUUUUGC